CAAUCUAUUCUUAAAUUAUUUUAUUUAUUUUAUUAAAAAAGUGAGUUCUUCUGACAACCGAAAAUUCUUUGCUUUCUGUCUACGUCUUUAGUUUUAGCUAUGUUGGUAGUUUUGUCAUAACAAACCCAAACGGAAAACAACUCAGUCCUUUCAGAAACAAAACCAAAUACAACGAAAUAUUAUCUUAUCUAAAAAAACAAAACAAGAAAAACUAAAAACAAAAAUUGAAAAUAAUCCCAAUUUUUUUUCAUAUUCGUUUGUUUUUUUUCCUCAUUACCUCACCUGCCUACUUUGUCAUUUUACCAAUUCCACCGCCCCCUAUAACCGACCCAAAUUCUAAAACCACAAUUUUCUUCUGAUGAUCAAUUAUCUCUUCAGUUUGUUUCUCCAAUUGAUCAACGGUUGAGAUUAAUUUACUCUUCUUGAUUGUCUAGAAUUGAACCCUAAGCCUUGAGAAAAGUUUGCAGGAGGAAAGAGAUAGCUAAUAAUAAGAAAUUGAGUUUUGGAGGUGGGUUUUCGAAGCUUGAUUCUGGUUCAAUGGCGGAUUACGGGAAGAAGCCCGUGUCCUCGGAGAAACCCAGGUUCUCUUUCUUCAAUCGUUCGCUUUCCAUGUACCCUCCGGCGGCGGCGGCGGUGAUGGCCGACCCUGUUGAUUCUCCCCUGAAGCCUACUCACACCAAAACCUCAUCUCUCGAACGAACCAGCUCGUUCUCUAAAUUCUACAAUUCGAUGGAGUCCGUUCGGUCCACGAGUAAUUCAAUCAAAGGGAAGGUAAAGAAGCUAUGCAGUAUCUUCGAGACGACGUCGAAGCCCGCUUUGACGGCACCUCCGAGCCCAUCGGACGAACCAACGAAUUUGCAAUUUCAAUCCAAGCUUAAAUCCUCGAAAUCGAUGUGUUCCGAUCACCGACUCUCCCCCUUGAACAGCUCCACAAUUCGAUUGCCUGGAACCGAGGACCGAAUUGUCGUCUAUCUAACUAGCUUGCGAGGGAUUCGGAGAACGUAUGAGGACUGUUACGCCGUUCGGAUGAUAUUCAGGGGGUUUAGGGUUUGGGUGGAUGAGCGUGAUAUAUCGAUGGAUUCGGCGUACAGAAAAGAAUUACAGAGUGUUCUGGGGGAUAAGAACGUGGGCUUGCCUCAGGUGUUCAUAAGGGGAAGCUAUGUGGGAGGUGCAGAGGUGAUCAAGCAGCUUUUCGAAACAGGGGAAUUGGCGAAAAUUCUCAAAGGUUUUCCGCUUCGGGCACCGGGAUUUAGGUGUGAUAGCUGUGGAGAUGUAAGGUUUGUACCGUGCCUGAAUUGCAGUGGGAGUAGGAAGGUGUUUGAUGAAGAUGAAGAAAUGCUUAAAAGAUGUUUGGAGUGCAAUGAGAAUGGACUAAUUCGAUGUCCUGAUUGCUGUUCUUGAGCAAACUUGGGCGUUGAAAUUCUACUCUGGUGCGUCUUUUAAAUGCUCCUUUGUUGAUAGAAGAAUUACAUUAAUUUGAUGUGAAGUAAUAAAUAAGAUUACAGUAUGUUAUGGCUUGAAUUUGGGAUCCAAAUAUCUCUUUGGAGGAUUUGUUGGUCUUCUUUUCUUGAAUGUUCAUUGGUUAUUGGGAUUGAUGUUCAUUCACUUGUUGAACAGCAUUUGAAUAACAAUUUAUGUUAUAAAGAAAUGCUUACUUUGGGUUUGUUGGUUGUGUUGAACACUGACCAGAGUGUCUUUUCUAUGAUAGUGUGUAAAUAUUUUAGUGUUGUAAUUAUUGCAAAGAUUUGCAGUAUUGCAUACCAUAAAUUGUAAUGAGAUUGGAUUUAUAUAUAAUAUAUAUAUAUAACCUAAGUUCCAAAA